AUGCGCUUCACUACUCGUGUUGUUUCUGCGCUUUCUCUCGGACUGGCAUCUGCCUGGUUUGCGCAGUCUGCGGCUAUUAUCAAGCAGACGACUAGCAACAUGGAUCUGGAAGCUUCUCAGGCAUCGGGGUACCGCUCCGUUGCAUACUUCGUCAACUGGGCAAUCUAUGGCCGGGGUCAUAACCCUCAAGAUCUCCCGAUCGAUGAGCUCACUCAUGUGCUUUAUUCAUUUGCUAAUGUGCGCCCCGAGACCGGCGAGGUGUAUCUCUCCGACACCUAUGCCGACCUCGAGAAGCACUAUCCGGAUGACUCUUGGUCCGAAGAUGGUAACAAUGUCUACGGAUGCGUCAAGCAAAUGUAUCUACAGAAGCAGAAGAACCGCAACCUCAAGGUUCUCCUAUCGAUCGGAGGAUGGACUUACUCUCCGAACUUUGCGAAGCCUGCAAGUACUGAGGCUGGACGCAAAAAAUUCGCCGACUCAUCGGUGAAGCUGUUGCAAGACCUCGGAUUUGACGGAUUGGAUAUUGACUGGGAGUACCCUGAGAACGACGACCAGGCCAAAGAUUUCGUUCUGCUUCUCAAAGCAGUGAGAUCGGCCCUGGAUGCAUAUAGCAAGGAACAUGCAGAGGGUCAGAAAUUCCUUCUGACCGUGGCUUCUCCCGCAGGCCCCCAAAACUACGAAAAACUGCACUUCUCCGAAAUGAACGAACAGCUCGAUUUCUGGAACCUGAUGGCCUACGACUACGCGGGCAGUUUCUCCAACUUCACCGGCCACCAAGCGAACGGCUACAACGACACAUCGAACCCCAAGAGCACACCCUUCAACACCGAGCAGGCCGUGAACGCCUACAUCAAGGGCGGUGUUCCCGCCGAUCGAAUCGUUCUCGGCAUGCCCAUCUACGGUCGCGCAUUCGCAGGCACAGAAGGCCUCGGCAAGACCUUUGACGGAGUCGGCGACGGAAGCUGGGAAAAGGGUAUCUGGGACUACAAGGUGCUGCCGCAGGCCGGCGCAGAGGAACAUGUCGACGAAGACCUCAUCGCAAGCUACAGCUAUGACUCUACCAAGAAGCUCCUGAUCAGCUAUGACACGCCCAAGGUGGCGAAGUUGAAGACCGAAUAUAUCAAAUCGAAGGGUCUGGGCGGUGGUAUGUGGUGGGAGAGCAGUGGUGAUAAAUCUGGCAGUGAUAGUUUGAUCUCAACGGUAGUAAAUGCACUCGGCGGCGCCAGCGCGCUUGAAAAGGUCGAGAAUGAACUGGACUAUCCUGUUUCGGAAUACGAUAACCUGCGCAAGGGAAUGGGUUCAGACUGA